UGCAGGAGAUGACCAGAGACUGCGGACACAGUGCAGGAGAUGACCAGAGACUGCGGACACAGUGCAGGAGAUGACCAGAGACUGCGGACACAGUGCAGGAGAUGACCAGAGACUGCAGACAACAGUGCAGGGAAUGACCAGAGACUGCGGAGACAGUGCAGGGAAUGACCAGAGACUGCGGACACAGUGCAGGAGAUGACCAGAGACUGCAGACAGUACAGGGGAUGACCAGAGACUGCGGACACAGUUCAGGAGAUGACCAGAGACUGCGGAGACAGUGCAGGGAAUGACCAGAGACUGCAGACAGUGCAGG